UAGAAGGUAAGAAAAUUAGGAUAAAUUCUAUACUUCAAAAUAUGGAGUCAUUUAACGUGUCCUUUGCUAUGCUUUGUGCCGUGUUACUAUGCAUGGCCCAUGCAACGCGCGGCCAAAACUCCCCGCAGGACUACGUGGACGCCCACAACGCGGCGCGCGCCGCCGUCGGCGUCGGCCCCGUCACGUGGGACGACACGGUGGCGGCCUACGCGCAGAACUAUGCGAAUGAGCGAAUCGGCGAUUGCCAGCUGGUCCACUCCGGCGGCCCCUACGGCGAGAACCUGUUUGAAGGGUUCGGGGCCGACUACACGGCGGCGGACGCCGUCAAUGACUGGGUGUCGGAGAAGCAGUACUACGACCACGCGACGAACACCUGCGCACAGGGGCAAGAGUGCGGGCACUACACGCAGGUCGUGUGGCGCGACUCGACUACGAUUGGGUGCGCGCGCGUGGUGUGCAACAACGGCUGGAUAUUCAUCACCUGCAACUAUAACCCUCCGGGGAACAUUGUCGGUCAAAGUCCUUACUGAGGAGGGCUAAAUAUAUUU